AUUUCUGAUCAGCUUGUAGCGUGUUUGGCGAGAGAGGUAAAGGGCCAGUAUUAUCGAAACAAUUAGUCUCGGUUACGCUCUGUUCACGAUACGUUGUCUGGCCAUACGUUAUAGUCCACGCGCUAUAUAAGAUUGACAAGGUCGACUCUCUCACUCUAUAUAUUAUUGGUAGGAUCCUAGAUUGACCUUACUCAGUUAUUUGACUCGGCGAUUCAAUAUAGACGUUUGUGUGUGCACUUUAGCAUUGAUUCUGGCUUUCGUUUUCAAGAAUUGGACGUGAUGGAUAUACUUUUGGGAUUUAUUGAUUGUUCUUCAUAAAAGAUUUGCCCGUGCUGUGAAAUCGCCAGUUAACAAGAUAAAUGGGAACACGAGGAACCUACUUGGAUCCUUUUCAACAAUUGUAACUCCUAGUGCCUUUCUGUGAAGAUUGUACUGCCCUUGCAUGUACGCACUUCCUCAUAUUUCAAAGUUCAUUCAGUGGAAUAUCCCGACGUUGAUUAUGUGAUUAUAUGCGGUAUUCUCAGUGUUUGUAUAUAAAGCCAGAGGUAAACCAGAUCUACAUUUAUUUAUUUGCCUUCUGGUGCUGAUUUGCGGAAACAUUGUUUAUACACUGAUGGUGAUUCGAACCAACGAACCCUGUCAAGGCCGCAUCGGUGUUAUACGUUCAUAAAACGCGUAAAAGCUACGCCGCUCGAAGUGAAAAGAAAAAGAUGAAUUUUAUUACUUAACGAACUACAAGAAGAUCAAAAUGGACAGCUGACGACAUUUUGAAUUAUAGACAUGAGACGUCGUGGAUGUGUUUAUGUAUGGGGCGAGGGGAAACUGCUGAGGCUGCUGGUAUCUUGAUGACGUCAAACAAACUAGGUGCUCUAUAUGUCUUUAUGGUACGCGUCCGGGGGGUUCCGGGAGAUGAUUUAGUAUGUUCUUUUUGAGGUGUCUAUUUGUGAGUCUUGUUGCUGAAGCCCUUACUGCCGCCAUUGCUCAGGAUAAUAACGCGGUCGAGGCCGUUGGAGAGACUUCCCAAGGCAAAACAGACCGUCUUUUAAACAAACUCGGAAAAUACGAAAUGGUCAUUCCUGUGCUUGUCGAUGAGACUGGGAAGUUUCUAAGCUACAAUGUGAAACACAAAACGCCGCAACACCGCAAGCGACGAAGUGUUGAUGUAAACGUGGGGUCUUUGAAAAAAGAACCUCUGAAAAGAAUAUUCUAUAAGUUAUCAGCGUUUGGAAAGGAAUUUCAUUUUGAUCUCAAAUUAAAUGAUAAGCUUCUUUCGACUGGGUACGAAGCAGAAGUUUGGACAAAAAAUGGACAGCGAAAUCAUGUAAACCGGAAGAGGAACUGUCAUUAUGUAGGAUAUAGUCGUGAGCCGUUUACCUCCAUCGCCGCCAUAAGUAACUGUUUCGGAUUGCACGGCGUGUUUCAGACAAACGAAGAAGAUUUCUUCGUGGAGCCACUGUGGAACGAGACAGGCAGUACCACCACAUUCGGACACCCACAUGUGGUGUACAAACGAUCUGACAUCCGGUUAAGUCACGAACACAGCACAGACGACUGCGGUGUUACAGAUUUUCAGCAAUUACUUUUUCAUCAUAUUCCAUUUCAUCAAAACUCACAUCGAAAUAAUGAUAGAACCGAACCACACCGAUCAUCUAAUAAGAAAAAACGACGAAAACCUGGCCAUCCACGUCGUAUAGAGUAUUCACCUCGGCCUAAACAUAGAACGUCACUUCCGGAAGAAUACCGGAACCGGAAGCGGCGGUCUGUGAUGAGCGAAGAAAAGAACGUGGAGACACUGGUAGUUGCAGACAGGAUGAUGGUACAGUACCACGGGAAAAAGAUUAUAGAAUCCUACGUUCUGUCCAUCAUGAACGUUGUUGCCCAGCUCUUCCAUGAUGCCAGUAUUGGGAAUGCAAUUAACAUCGUGGUCAGUCGACUGGUCAUCCUGGAGAAGGAUCAGGAAAAUCUGACCUUGAACUACCACGCUGAUCGUUCGUUAGAUAGUUUCUGUCGAUGGCAGAAUAUGCUCAAUUUGACGGCUGACGAGAUGGGGACAGCUCACCACGAUAAUGCUGUACUUCUUACAGGGUAUGAUAUAUGUACCUACCAGAAUAGUCCGUGUGGAACAUUAGGCUUGGCUCCAGUGGCUGGGAUGUGUAACGAGGACAGAAGCUGUAGUAUUAACGAAGAUAUCGGCCUGGCGUCAGCCUUCACCGUGGCGCACGAGAUAGGGCACAAUUUUGGGAUGCAGCAUGAUGGCGCCGGUAAUCGAUGUGGAACAACAGGAUCAGGCGAAAUGGCCGGGAUCAUGGCAGCCCAGCUGACCAAGGACACUCAGCCCUUCAACUGGUCAUCUUGUAGCCGGGCAUACGUCACCGAGUUCUUAGAUUCUGAUAAGGGGCAGUGUCUGAUUAACACCCCGUCUGAACAGCUCCUCGUGCAGCCCCAGUUCCGCCGCUUUCCACCCCAGCAGAUCAACUCUGAUGAGCAGUGCGUUCUACAGUUUGGAGAAACGUCCAGUAUGUGUAAACCCGGGGAGGUGUGUCAGGAGCUAUGGUGUAUUAAUAAACAUGGUCAAUGUACCACAAACAGCAUCCCAGCCGCGGAGGGCACAGUUUGUCCGCUGGAUACCGGUCAGCGAGGGUGGUGUUACCGGGGUCUAUGUCGGGAGCCCCACUACCGUCCGGAGCCACAGGACGGAGACUGGGGGGCGUGGUCCGAAUGGGAUGCCUGUACACGGACGUGCGGUGUCGGCGUGGAGUCAAGCUUCCGGCGAUGUGAUGACCCAGAACCUCGACACGGCGGGAAAUAUUGUGUGGGAGAAAGGAAGCGAUACAGGUCUUGUAAUAUCCAGUCAUGUCCGGAUAAUGUUCAGGAUUUCCGGGAACAACAAUGUGCGGAUUACGACACCAAACCAUUCAGGGGAAGGUACUACAACUGGAAACCAUUCUCAGGGGCUCAUAACAGACCUUGUGCGUUAAACUGCAUAGCGGAGGGAUACAAUUUUUACACAGAACGCGCGCGGAAGGUUAUAGACGGCACGAAGUGUUACCCGGACAAAAUGGACCUCUGCAUUAAUGGCCGAUGUCUGCCAGUUGGGUGCGAUGGUGUUCUCGAGUCUAACGCUACUGAGGACAACUGCCGGAAGUGUAAUGGCGACGGAUCAACAUGCCAAACAAUAUCUGGCCACUUCGACAAACAGCUCCCGAAGGGAUCUUAUCAUGAGAUGGUGCGGAUUCCAAAAGGAGCGGUGCAUAUAUUAGUGAGGGAGACACAGGAAUCUAUCAACUAUUUAGCUUUACAAGGAGAGAACGGGGAAUACUAUAUUAAUGGAGAAUGGACAAUUGACUGGCCCCGGAAGUUCUCCCUGGCCGGAACAGUCUUUCAUUAUGAACGAGAAGAUACCGAACCGGAAGUUCUCAGGGCGAUAGGACCGACCAACGAAAACCUUGUUAUCAUGAUUUUGCUGCAAGAGGACAACCUUGGCGUAGACUAUCAGUACAAUAUGGCGAAGAAUGCCACCAUUUACAACCACGACGCUACAUUGUAUACCUGGCAGCACUCUGUCUGGUCCGAGUGCUCACUUUCCUGUGGCAGAGGUACACGAGUGUCCAGUGCGGUCUGUGUUAAGAAGUCUGACCGCCAGGUUGUCGAUAAUGACCUCUGUACUCCACAGCCGAAACCGAGUGACCACAGUCGGACGUGCAACGACAACCCAUGCCCAGCAAGUUGGUCGGUGGGACGAUGGUCCCCAUGUAGCUCCACAUGUGGGGACAACAGAACGAAGAUGCGGAGUGUCACGUGCGUCCAAACCAUCAGUCAGGAGGAACAGGUGAUCUUACCGGACCAGGAAUGUCCCUCCCGGAAACCGAACAACAGACGUCAAUGUCGCAGCAUCACGUGUCCGGCGGUGUGGUUUCCCGACCACUGGAGAGAGUGUUCAGCUGAAUGUGGUAUGGGGGAGACCACUCGGAACGUGUUCUGUAUGACGAGUGACCGCCAGACUUACCUUCACGAGACACAGUGUAGUCAGGAGAAGAAACCUCUUACUUGGGAAACCUGUAUACAGCGACCAUGUCCUCCGCCAAGGUGGGAAACAGAACCUUGGGGACCGUGCUCUGCCCGAUGUGGGACAGGCCGCCAGACCCGGACAGUGGUUUGUAGGACGUAUCGAGGGGAGCGGAGCAGUACCUGUCUCCCCCGGGAUAAACCAACCACAAUACAGCAAUGUCACAAAAACUGUGACUCCCCGCCCUCUGUUGAAGACUGUGUGGACCAAGAUAAGGCACAGUUCUGUCCCCUUGUAGAGAGAUUCCGAGUGUGCGAUCGGGAGUAUUUCUACAGGAUGUGCUGUAGGACAUGCGUUGAUUCCGGACAGCGAACGUACGGAUGAACGCUCUACAUGUGGAUGACCGUUUCAGAAUUGAAAACACAAAAUGAAACAGUAGCAAAAUUAUAUCUCGAUACUGAUGGAAUCGGAAAAUGGUCGCGAGUGCAGAUGUUUUUUGUCAGAUGACGUCAGGAAAGGAAUCGAUGUUUUUUUUCUAGACAGAUGACGGAAGAAAGAGAGGAAAAUAUAGAUGACUCUUAGUAGUUGACAUAAAAAAAAAGACAAAAAUGGUAAACACUAUGGAUAUUCAAUUGUGUAAUGGAUGUAGCGACAUCUCUGAGUAGACUCAUAAUAUGUCUCUUUAAUAAAUAGUUGACAAUUGACACUACAAAGAAAACUCAUUAAUAUUAAUUUUUUGUAUAAAAAUGUGCAUAUAUUUCUUAAAACGGGUGUGUCCGACAGCGUCAAUGUUUAUAGAUUUACUGUCAGACAAAUCCGUUAUCUGUUAAUCUAGCUACAUAGUUAGAUCACAUGUUAUACUCGACAUACACCAUCUCAAUGCUUAUUAUAUCGCAUCAGUGUACAAUCAAUCAGUAAUCAUAAUAAAUAUGGCGUUAGUAAUAUUGAAAGUGAAGUCACUAAUAAGAAAUGAAGAGUUUGUCGACUAUUGUUUACUGAUGUUUGUAAUUAAAUUAUUGUGAUUUUAAGAUUGGAUUUUGGAUGCUCGGUAUUUAAUCUGUAUGAGAAGGCUUUAUAUUCUAUUUCGAAGUUAAGCAAUGUGUAUUCUCGUUAGGAAUCACUUGGGUAUUUGUGAUGUUUCAACUAGAACAUUUACAGUAUAUAACCAUUAAGAUAUUGCGUAGCGAUAUGUAAAAUAUGGUCAUGGUUCUUUGCCCUACCUUGCCAAUUAACUGCAACAUAAUACCCGACCUGUCCAUUUUUUCACAAAUCCGACGUGACAAAUUGUUGACGAACCCGACAUGACAACUUGUUGACAGGCCCGACAUAACAAGUUGUUGACAAACCGAACAUGACAAAAUUAAGUUGUUGACAAACCCGACAUAACAAGUUGUUGACAAACCCAACAUGACAAAAUUAAGUUGUUGACAAACCCAACAUGACAAAAUUAAGUUGUUGACAAACCCAACAAGACAUGUUGUUGACAAACCCAACAUGAUAAGUUGUUGACACACCCGACACGUUCAGUAAACAUAACCGACAUGUCUAGUUGUUGAUAAACUCGACAAUUCACGUUGACACACCCGACAUGUUACGUUGACACAGCUGACAUGUUACAGUGACAAACCCAACAUCUCCAACUGACACUCCCAACAUGUCAAGUUGAUUAAACCGACAUGUCAAAUCUACACACCUGAAAUGUCCAAUUGACACCCCAACAUGUCCCGUUGUUCACA